CGGCGUCGAGGCCAAGCCCUCUUCUGUUAGCUUGCCAAAGACCAGAGCUUUCCAUGUUUAAUUUCUUCAACUUCCAUUGAGUGACAUAGAUUAAGCCGGCGGGGAGGUGCCUCAGGGUCCAGCCUGCUGUAUACAGGCUUCAGUGAACCCUCCUUCCACUUCUAAAUGGCCAUGCAGUCUGCUGGAUCUACUCAACUCCGCUGCUGUAGCAAGAAGGCAGCUAAGGACUAAUUUGCCGGAGGACCAUAGUGUUUGCCCAUCAGCCUAGAUCCCUGAAAUACAGUGGAGAUGUGAUCUUGCUUAGGCACAUCAUUUGCCCACAAACCACUUUCUUCUGAGAAAUAAAGGAGAUUAUGGACUUCCCUGGCGGUCCAGUGGUUAAGACUCUGUGCUCCCACUACAGGGGGCACAGUUUCGAUCCCUGGUGGGGGAACUAAGAUCCAGCAUGCCGUGCGACACGGCCAAAAAAAAAAAAAAAGAAGAAAGGAGAUUUCUAGUUAAGAUGGCAUGUCACUCCAUGGAUUUUUUUGGGCAACCCAGACCAGAAGAUAACCAGUCAGUAGUCAGCAGAAUGCAAAAGAAAUACUGGAAAACCAAACAGGUCUUUAUCAAAGCAACCGGGAAAAAGGAGGAUGAGCACGUAGUGGCAUCUGAUGCUGAACUGGAUGCUAAACUUGAGGUUUUUCACUCCAUUCAAGAGACAUGCACUGAACUUCUGAAGAUAGUUGAGAAAUAUCAGCUGAGACUCAAUGUUAUAUCGGAGGAAGAAAAUGAACUAGGGCUCUUUUUAAAGUUCCAAGGAGAACGGGAUACAACGCAGGCUGGCAAAAUGAUGGAUGCCACUGGCAAGGCACUCUGUUCUUCAGCCAAGCAAAGAUUGGCUCUGUAUACUCCGCUGUCUCGUCUUAAGCAAGAAGUAGCAACAUUCAGUGAAAGGGCAGUGUCUGAUACCUUGAUGACAGUUAAUCGGAUGGAGCAGGCGCGCACAGAAUAUAGGGGAGCUCUGCUGUGGAUGAAAGACGUAUCCCAGGAACUGGACCCAGACACCUUAAAGCAAAUGGAAAAGUUCCGAAAAGUACAGAUCCAAGUGAGAAAUAGCAAAGCUUCUUUUGACAAGUUAAAGAUGGAUGUUUGUCAGAAAGUGGAUUUACUUGGAGCUAGUCGCUGCAAUAUGUUGUCUCAUUCACUCGCUACCUACCAGAGGACACUGCUUGGAUUCUGGGAGAAAACGGCUCGAAUGAUGUCCCAAAUCCAUGGGACCUGUAUUGGCUUUCAUCCAUAUGAUUUUGUAGCUCUCAAGCAACUACAAGACACUCCAAUCAAGCUUACUGAAGACCACAAGGAAGAACGAAUAGAAGACAGUUCUCUCCCGGAAAACCUCAAUAAGUUAGUUUUGUCAGAUGAGGAAGUGAGCUUGGGAAGUGAACCAGCAACUGAAGAUCACAAGGAAAAACAUUCUGGAAUAAGAGAAUUUGGAGGACCUCAGUUUUCUAACUCUGAAAAUGUUGCAAAAGAUGUACCAGUAGAUUCAUUGGAAGAUGAUUUUGAGAAGGAAUUCUCAUUUCUGAACAGCCUCCUAAGUCCUGGUUGUUGGAGUGCUAGUGAAUUUUCCCAGGAAUGCCAGGCUGUCUUUGGGAGCCCCAAGGCCAGUCUCACAUCCCAGGAGCCUUCUGGGGGAUCUGAGCCUCUUGCUCACUCCUCACGAUUCCUUCCUUCACAACUCUUUGACCUUGGCCUUCGUGCUGCUGGAGCUUUCAACAGCUGGGCCUCCCAAGGGGGAUUAGAACUUCCUCUUUCACACACUGAUAACCAGUCAGUGCCUUCACAGAGUCCAAAGAAAUCAACAAAAUCUCCCAACAGUGGUAACCAAGACAUGUCAGCCUGGUUCAGUCUAUUUGCAGACUUGGAUCCGCUUUCAAACCCAGAUGCUAUUGGACACUCUGAUGAUGAACUUCUUAAUGCUUGACUGAAGUUAUGAUGCCACUUCAAUGGCCUUGAGACACCAAUUUUGCAACUUACUGCCUUUGUGGAAAGGAGUUUAUGUUGUCACCUACAUACGAAAACCUUGUGUCUGCAAGGUUAGACAGAUGGAAAGGACCACGUUUUAAUACAUUAUCUCUUUAAUAUCUUGGAUUUACAGCUGUUGCUAAU